GGCUUUACUUGGUAUUCCAAUCACACUUGUACUAUAUUAUUAAAAAUAAGGUUACUAAAGGGCAUCCCAAAGCCAGUUUCAAAAGGUUAUCUCGACCAGACAAUGCGCCUAGUUACUCAACGGAUAUUCGGUUGCUAUCCAGACAAAACAGCUUACCAUAUAAGUACAUUAGACAUUUGUGAACGGAUCGGGCGUAACAAUGUUCGUAUUCUGUCGUUGAACUGUCAUUCAUUGAGAAAGUACGAAACGCUUCGGGUAAAUCGCAUGGCUAAUUACGAGUCCUGUAGUAAGUGGGUCCCCAAGGAGGGAGAGUUAGCAUUUACCUGUAAAUGGGCAUUAAUUAAAAUGCAACAGUUUAAGCUAAUAGGAAAUACUUGACAUACGUUUCGUUCUCCAUUCGCCGUUUGACAAUCCACAAAGUGGUUGUCAAGCGGCAUAAAAUGCUAGAAUUAUUUACUUAAAGCCACAGCCAAAGUCAACUAUGUACAACAGGCAACGACAACAACGACAACAACAAUGAAAUGAAUGAAAUGUGUUUGCCCCACCUCAUUAGGCUGGCGUCGAAGCCGCGGCGGCGUCCAGAGCGUUUUCUGUACGUUGUCUGUUGUCUGCGUGGGCAACAUGCAAAUUGUUGUCGCUUUUCGUAUUCAGUUGCCGCGCAAACCUUUAGCUGAGCAGACGACGGACUUGCGAUUAACGAGACCCAAAGGAUGGACGUUGAGAAGGAUACUGAUGUGGAAAUCGAGCUGAACCAUCCGUUGCGGCGUCGAUUGCGUCGUUUGCUGUCCGCCAAACAGCUGUACGAAUGCCUCCGUCCGCUCUUCCAUGUGACCUAUUUGCAUGGAUUGACAUCGUUCUACAUCUGUUUCAAUGAUGAGACUGGUCAACGGGAUAUCAAGAAGUCCUGGUUCGGCUAUGUUAAUGGCAUACUCCAUAUCGGUAUCUAUAGCGUCUGCUAUAUUCUCACGAUAUGCAACAGUUGUGAGUCCGUUGCCAGCUACUUCUUCCGUUCGAGGAUUACGUACUUCGGCGAUAUGAUGCAGAUUGUCAGUGGCCUCAUUGGCGUCACUGUCAUCUAUCUGUCGGCCAUGAUACCGAAGCAUCGGCUGGAACAGUGCCUGCAAAAGUUUUACACCAUGGACAUGCAGCUGCACAGUGUUGGCAUCAAAAUAAUGUACAGUAAAGUGCUACGAUUCAGCUAUGCUGUCAUGAUCUCUAUGUUUGUGGUGAACUUUGCCUUUUCCUGGGGCACUUUCGCUGUCCUCUAUUCGUCGCAAGUGUCGCCUACUUUGGCUUUGCAUUUCACGUUCAUUAUCCAGCAUACUGUCAUCGCGAUUGCCGUCACCAUGUUCGCCUGCUUCACAUAUCUCGUCGAAAUGCGGCUUGUGAUGGUCAACAAGGUGCUAAAGAACCUCGCCCAUCAGUGGGACACUCGCAGCCUUAAGGCUGUCCAGAAGCAGCGUUCUCUUCAGUGCCUGGACUCGUUUUCCAUGUACACUAUUGUGACAAAGGAUCCCGCUGAAAUCAUACAGGAAUCCAUGGAGAUACAUCAUCUAAUUUGCGAGGCAGCUGCAACGGCCAACAAAUACUUUACGUACCAACUGCUCACAAUCAUUUCGAUUGCCUUUCUGAUCAUCGUCUUUGAUGCGUACUAUGUGCUGGAAACAUUGCUGGGCAAAUCGAAGCGAGAAAGCAAAUUCAAGACUGUUGAAUUUGUGACAUUCUUUUCAUGUCAAAUGAUACUGUAUUUGAUAGCCAUAAUUUCCAUCGUUGAGGGCAGCAAUCGGGCCAUCAAGAAGAGCGAGAAAACUGGUGGCAUUGUGCAUUCGCUGCUCAACAAAACGAAGAGCGUCGAGGUGCGGGAGAAGUUGCAACAAUUCUCAAUGCAAUUGAUGCAUCUGAAGAUUAACUUUACGGCCGCAGGACUCUUCAACAUCGAUCGCACGCUCUACUUUACUGUAAGUAGUCUUCUCUUCCACCGGUAUCUUCUUAUCCAAAAAUCAUUUCCAUCGAUGCUUUCAGAUAAGCGGAGCCUUAACAACUUAUCUCAUCAUUUUGCUGCAAUUCACAUCGAAUUCGCCCAACAAUGAUAAUGGCAAUGGCUACGAAUGCUGUGAGGCAUUGCACAAUAUGACCAAUCAUACGCUCUAGUCGAUUAUGAAGUACUUCAUAGACAUCUGAAAGUGCUACUAAGUAACGUCAUGUGGUGUGCAGCAAAUAAUAUUAAGUGGUUUCCCUAGCAGUUGCUGUUGCUGUUGCUAUUACUGUUGCUUUUGCAUUCAUUAUAUUCUUGUAUGUAUGUUUAUAGAUUAAUUAUUAGCAAUAAACCGAUUAUCAUCGCAGAAAAUUAAUUAGUUAAUUGCAGGCACGCCAAUUGAAGUCCAAUUGCCGAGCUGUAAAAGGAAAAUUCGCAAUUUUCUAUUUCACAGAAUUUACAAUUUAUUUAAAACACAUAAAACUUUAAAACUUCAUUUUUGUUCCUAUUGGCCUGACACUAUAUUUUAGCUAAUAGAAAUCUUAUACUUCUGAGAAUUUAUUGUACUCUCUUGCAGUUAUAGAACUACCAGAAACUCAAUGGCAUGUUGAUUGUUGUAUUGGUAUGGGAAAGAGUUACUGCGAAAUGCCAAAAAGCGAAGCUGCCCUUCUUUUGUUCCCUUGACACGCUCUACUAUACAUUUAAGCUUAAUUAAAUAUUUGCCGCUAUCGGUAUUAGCUUAACAUGCUGUCCAGUUGUCCAAA